AUGUGCCAGCAUGCCAGUUGGCCAAAACACAGAGAGCAAUGUAUUCCUCGUUUAGUAAUGGCUUCCGCUAAAGCUGCAAAGGAGAAAAAAAACAAUUCCUUGACCGAGGGGGAUGUUCUUCAAGCUGGCCAUUUUCCGGAUCCCGGUAGUAAGGUGAAGAUUUCACACGUAGCACAUGACAAAAUGUUCAUUUAUCAUGUAGAACGGGGUCCAAAUGGAGAGCCGAAUCAAUUUGAGACGUUGAUAAAGCGAUGCAUCGAAAAAUCCCGUCAAGUUAAAUCACAUUUCACGGUUCAACCCAAAGUGAAUGAUAUAGUAUUUGCUCCCUUCGAAGAUGAAUUUUACCGUGCCAUAGUGAAAGAAAUCAAAGGAAAUAAGGCUCUCAUUUUUUAUCCUGAUUUCGGGAAUUCGGAAACAAUGGAGUGGUCUAUGUUAAAAGAAAUUCCCGAUCCAAAUAUAAAAUAUGCGAAUACGUUCACCCAUCCGGUUUGGAUUGACAAUAUUUCGGAGUUUACGGCGCCUAUUCGCGAAUUUCUACAAACACUCAUUGACGAACAGGAAUUUAUACUCACUACUGUUAUCGAUGUGCCAAAGACAUCUAUCAAAAUGGUUGAUAUGCGCCAUGUGCAGGAGAAGUACAUCCUUAGCACAAAACUUCUCACAAUACCUGGAAAUAAGACUGAGGAUAGGAAACCGAUUGUUUCAUGUCCACCGUUGGCGAAGAAAAUCCAAACGGCAACAAAGUUCGUAGUUCCUAAUCCUGAAACAUACAAACGAGUUGGGGUGGAAGAGUUAAAGGAACUAGAAAUUAACGAAGGAAAAGGAAUGGAAUUAAUUAUUGUCAAUGCAUCACAGGCGUUUGAGGAAAAUCUACUAACCGUAGUGCAUAAAUCGCACCUCUCGCAAUACGAAACGUUGCUUCGAGACUGUCAGCACUACGGUAAAAUCGAUAAAAAUCCUUAUGAACCGGAUAAUGAUGAGGCGUGCUUAAUACAGUUAUGUGAGUUUUGGCAUCGUGCUAUUUAUAUUGAACCAUCAGACAUAACCGGCGGACAAUUUUAUCUCUUGGAUGACGCUACAUGCACUAAUAUGGAAACUGUGUCUUCAAUUCGGCGAUAUCCGCCAGCAAUGUCGCGAAAAUUGUUUGUCUUGGAAGGUGUAUUGGAGAAUGCCCAAAAUCUUCUGAAAUCCAUUGAUGGCAAUAAGCAAAAUGUGAAUAUGUUGCCUGGUAAGACGUUGAAAGCUGAUUUGCACUUGUCUAAGGAUGAUGAGUUGGGUGAGACGACUCAUAUCACUGUUCUGUCCAUCGACUAA